GGGUCAUAGAGCCCCUGAAUAAGUGGCCUUUGACAAGAUUUGGAAGGGUCCCUGCUUGAUGCUGGGGCGCUGGUGGGGGUCUUUACACAUGCAUAUUGUCUGUGGGCCCAUGGCCAGACUCCAGUCUUCCUGGGUGCCCAGAUAGGGGUCUGAGAUUAUCUAUUGAACCCUGUCUUGGCUAAGAGAACUAUAAUAUAAUUGUGUUUGUAUGUGUGUGAUUUUUCAAAUAUGAGUAAGUUCAGCCUGGCUGGGAGAGUGUUGGUGUUGGAAAUCAGGCCUGGAGGUCAACAUUGUCGAUCUAGAUUUGGUAUAUAAAAUCAGAGGGUCUCUGGCCCUAAUUGCUGGCAGGUGGGACCUCUCCUCCUACCCACUUGCAAGGGUCCCAGGACUGGAGAUAGGCAGAAACUACUGGAAUGUGGUGGUUAGCGGGUUGUUUUUGGUGGUGGUGGUGUAUUUCUGAAUGAAAUUGCUACUCUGACUUGCUCACUAGAGAUGCAAAUAUAUCUCAGACCUAAGGAAAUGGGUAUGGAGUUUGGGUGGGGUGGAGGCUUCCUCUCUGCUAGUUUCCUGUCACACUGAGGAGGCCUUCACCAUUCAUCCUGGAACUCAGCUCCCUCCAGUCCAAUCCUCAGUCUCCCAGUUUAGUAAAUUCAAUGGUUACUGGGAACCUCAGGAAGUUCAUUCUGGAACCCCAGAUCCCUGGGUUUCCCAGAUGUCUAUUUUGGUCGCACUGCCAGCCUUCCUAGCAGGUGGCCGAAUGAAUGAGCAAGUUUAGAGGGAGAGAGCCUGCCUGGUGCUAUGGAGGUGGGGGAAAUAGUGUUCCUCCUCACACUCCAGGGAUUAUCCCCCUUUUCUGGCCCCAGGAGGUAUGGGAGGCUGGGAGGGGCCAGAAUAUCAUCUGGCUGCAUCUUUUAUGGUUCCUUAUUGCCCUUCAUUCGGAAAUGAAAUGUCUUUGAUCUUUUUCUCAGGUUGUAAACCGAAUUGCCCGUCAUUAAAUAUCCGGGGCCCCAUCUGCUUGGUCUCCCAGCAUUUUUCUUUACAGCUGUUUCUCUCUUUUUACCAUUGAAUUUUUCCAAAAGGACUUUUAUGACACCCCCUUCACACCCAGCCGCCUAUCCCCCCUCCCUUUGCUGAGAGGCGCCUUGGAAAAUAUCUAGAUAUUCGUUUGAUCACAAACUAAAGACUGAGAGGGGUACGGAGACACCGAUUGGGGUUUUGUUUUACUUAAAAAAAAAAAAGUCCUGGGGGGAGGGGAGGAGCAGAGGGCACCCAGAAGGGCCUGAUUCUGACUUCGCCGCAGCCUCAGGAUGACCCUUCCUCCUUUUGUGCUUAGCUAAUGUUUACAUCUCAUAAUUCAUGCGCCGCGGAGAGUGGCACGGCGGUGAGGUUCCCGUCCCUUUGCGGGACCGGCUGCUAGUAUUUCUAAUAGAAGAUAAAGAGAAUUGAAAACCUUGUAAUUCCAGGAAUGGACCUGCAGUGCCUUUUCCUGCUCCCAGAGCUCAAAACUAGAACAAAACGAAAUACAAUCAAAGCACUCAAACCAUACCCCAAACGAAGAACGUGCGGAAAGUAGGAGAACUGGAAAAUUUCUGGGCCAAGAAGAUCUGUCUGUCUUCUGUAUAUACCCUGUAGAUCCGAAUUUGUGUAAGGAAUUUUGUGGUCACAAAUUCGUAUCUAGGGGAAUAUGUAGUUGACAUAAACACUCCGCUCACUUUUUUCCAGAAGAAAAAAAAAUUUUUUUUUCUAAAUGAGGACCAUCCGGUGACUGACCAGGCGAAGACUCCUUCCUUUUUUCUCUAUUCUUUUUUUCCUCCCUCAACUGGUUAGAGAUUGAGGCGUCAUCUACCUGAAAUCUCUCUAUGCCUGUCCCCCGCGGGAGCCUUGGUCCUUCUCCACUUAAUAGGUUAAUGUUGUUGAUGUUUAUAUUUUAUCCUCCCCCUCAAUUCCUUAUUCUUGGGGGUCAGGGAGGCUUUACUGAAAAUCCGGAAAAAUUAACUCUUGUCUUCAGUGUUCGAAGGCAAAGGAAAAUAACUUUUCAAACGGAUGCUGAGGUCGCCUUUCUAUUUGGGUUCAGAAUAAGGUGCCCUGGAAAUACACGAUUGCCAAUGGGUGGUGGUGCGUGUGUGGGGUCACCUCAAGGGCUCCCAUCCCCAGCAUCACAAGGAUGUGAGAUUUCUGUUCGCUGCGGAAGCGGCUGCGUUAGCGGCAAUUAGAACGUCUGGAUGCCGCGGUUAGCAUUGCUCCGGCGGUUGUGGAAUUAACAGAUUAAUACUCGAUAUGCUCAGAAAGUUGCAGGUUUUUUUUUUUACUCCAGUGCUCAUAUUCAGUGAGGGAAACCAAGUCGUUUCUUACAGCUUGGGCCAUGUGGUGUGAGGGGAGGAGUGGAUAGGAGAAGGAACAGACGGACUGACUGACACAGCCAAACUAAUAGCGCGGCUAAAUGCGAUUUGGAAGGCAAGGUCUCCCCGAAUUAGUGCAUGAAUUUCCUAUCGAUCCGCCCGCGCUUCCAUUCAUCUCUGACAAGUCCCUCCGUUCACCCGCCUGCUUGCUCCGGAGGCCGCUGUUACUCCUCCUCCCCACGCGGCUGCAGAGAAAAGCCCCGCGCUCAGCGCCUCUCGUCCCCGAGUGGGUUCCCCUCUCUCUAGUCGGAGCUCCUGUCCGCCCCUUACUUAACUCCCCACGCGGGAGCCGAGUGCCUGGGGCUCCCUCCCGUCGCAAGGAGGGGAUAGGGGCCUCUGUAAGGCAAAGAACGCUGGGCAGAGGUGAGGCUGGACAGGAGGGGCUGUCACCAGCUCCAGCUCCUGCGGGGAUCCAGGGAUGGCGCUCUCCCCCGCGCCCCAACAUGCCCUCAGGGGCAACCUGCUCCCUCUCUCUCUCUCUCUGAUCUCGGAGAGAGCCGGGCGAGGAGCCGGUCGCCCCGCAGGAGCCCUGUGUAAAUCCUGGUGUGUGCUGGGUGGGUGGGGAGGGGGAAGAGAAGAAGGGGAAAUAAAGCUCUUUGGCUGGAGUAGGGUCCGGGUGAGCAGAUUUCCUUAUCCGGGAAUCGCAGGCGGGGCGGCCAUUGGCUCCGAGGAUCACGUGGGCCCCUAACUUUGUUCACUUGACAGUAAGUAGGAGGGCUUUCGGAAACAGGAAAACGAGUCAGGGGUCGGAAUAAAUUUUAGUAUAUUUUGUGGGCAAUUCCCAGAAAUUAAUGGCUAUGAGUUCUUUUUUGAUCAACUCAAACUAUGUCGACCCCAAGUUCCCUCCUUGCGAGGAAUAUUCACAGAGCGAUUACCUACCCAGCGACCACUCGCCUGGGUACUACGCCGGCGGCCAGAGGCGAGAGAGCAGCUUCCAGCCAGAGGCGGGCUUCGGGCGGCGCGCGGCGUGCACCGUGCAGCGCUACGCGGCCUGCCGGGCCCCCGGACCCCCGCCGCCCCCGCCGCCGCCCCCACCGCCCCCGCCACCGCCCGGGCUGUCCCCUCGGGCUCCCGCGCCGCCUCCCUCCGGGGCCCUCCUCCCGGAGCCCGGCCAGCGCUGCGAGGCGGUCAGCAGCAGCCCCCCGCCGCCUCCCUGCGCCCAGAACUCCCUGCACCCCAGCCCGUCCCACUCCGCGUGCAAAGAGCCCGUCGUCUACCCCUGGAUGCGCAAAGUUCACGUGAGCACGGUAAACCCCAAUUACGCCGGCGGGGAGCCCAAACGCUCUCGGACAGCCUACACUCGCCAGCAGGUCUUGGAGCUGGAGAAGGAAUUUCACUACAACCGCUACCUGACCAGGCGCCGGAGGGUGGAGAUCGCCCACGCGCUCUGCCUCUCCGAGCGCCAGAUCAAGAUUUGGUUCCAGAACCGACGCAUGAAGUGGAAAAAAGACCACAAGUUGCCCAACACCAAGAUCCGCUCAGGUGGCACCGGAGGCGCAGCCGGAGGGCCCCCUGGCCGGCCCAACGGAGGCACCCCCGCGCUCUAGUGCCACCGCGAACUU